AUACUGUAUAUUUAAAAACAGUUGUCUUAUUGUUUCUCAUUUUAAUAAUAAUAAUAAUAACAAAUACUGUCUAUUAAAUUGCAAAAUCAUUGAAAUUGAUAUUAAAAAUGUUUACGAGAUAUCAUAUAUAAAGUCUAUAAUAUAAUCAAUUAAUUAAUAAAUCAUUUAGUUUUAAAUGACAUUUUGUUUUUAUAAUAGUAAACAUUAUUAUAUUAUUAGAUCAUUAGUUUCGGGAUUCAAAUCCAAGUCAAGUCAUAAGUUAUUAUUAAACAAAAGAAAUAAUCAAUUGAUUGCAAUUAAAUCAAAAUUAUUAAUUAAUUCAAUUACAACAUCUGUGUCGACAAACAAAAUAUCAUCACAAGAAAUGGGGAAAAUAGCUAUUCUUUUAGGAUGUUUUGAAAAGAGUGACGACAAAGAAAAAUAUUUGCUAACAGAAAAUGCCAUCAAAUUUGAUGAUACAAUUGAUGGCAAACUGAGUGAUGCCAUCAAUGUUAUUGGUCCACUGAAAAAAAACAAGUGUCGAGUCUUUUACGGUUUAAGUCCAAAACAUCCAGUGGUGGCUGUGGUUGGUUUGGGACCAAACAAUGCCGGUUAUAAUGAUUCUGAACAGUUAGACGAAGAUCGCGAAAAUAUCCGGUCAGCCAUUGCUGUCGGUAUCCGUACUUUGCGUGACUUGGGAUCUAUUGAUCAAAUCGAUGUCGACGAUUGCGGUGACAGUAUAGCAGCAGCUGAAGGAAGUCAUCUGAUUCUCUAUAAUUAUGAUGAACUUAAAGGCGAAUCACUAAAAAAGCCAAUUAUUAACUUAAAUCACUUAAACGUUUACACGAAUGACGACAACACAGAAGCUGGACUUAAGUGGAGUUAUGGCCAAACUCUGGCCAACGGACAAAACAUUACACGAAGACUAAUGGAAACGCCAGCAAAUCUAAUGACUCCGACCAGAUUCGGCAAUAUUGCUGUCGAAGAAUUAAGCAAAUUAGGUGUUAAAGUUCAUAUCAGAGAUAGGGUUUGGGCUGAAAGCCAGAAAAUGGCAUCUUUUUUAAGUGUAGCCAAUGGUUCAGAUGAACCACCAAUAUUUCUUGAGAUGCAUUACAAUAACGCUCCCAAUACUAAACCAAUAGUAUUUGUGGGCAAAGGUAUUACUUUCGAUAGCGGCGGCAUAUCAUUGAAGCCAUCGCUGAAUAUGGACAAAAUGAGAGCCGAUAUGGGAGGUGCUGCUAAUGUUUUUGGUACCAUAUAUACAUUGGCUUCUCUUAAAGCAUCAGUCAAUAUAAUUGGUUUGACUCCAUUAACUGAGAACAUGCCGAGUGGAAAGGCAACAAAACCGGGAGAUGUUGUGUUUGCUAUGAAUGGAAAAAGUAUUCAAAUUGAUAAUACCGAUGCUGAGGGAAGGCUUGUAUUGGCCGAUGCCUUAUGUUAUGCACACAAUUUUGAGCCGCAAUUGAUUCUAGAUAUUGCCACUCUAACUGGUGCAAUGAGAGUGGCACUGGGAGCUGCAAUGGUCGGUGUCUUUUCCACGUCUACUAAACACUAUAAUCUGUUACAAAAGUGUGGCGUCCAGACUGGCGAUCGUGUUUGGCGAAUGCCUAUACUGUCACACUUUACCAAACAGAUUACCGACAGUCCCACUGCUGACCUGAACAAUAUAGGUGGUGCCGGUCAGGGCGGGGCUUGUGUUGCGGCGGCCUUUCUUAAAGAGUUUGUCACUAAUCAAAAUUGGAUGCAUUUAGACAUCGCUGGUGUUAUGGAUAACAAAGACGAUGUCUCUUAUUUAGGUAAAGGUAUGUCUGGACGUCCGAUGAGAACUUUGGUUUAUUUUGCAAAAGCAUUGUUCGAUAAUGAGUUAAAUUAAUUAAUUAAUAGAUUUGAUUAAUAGGAACUGAUUUUGUUUUUUUAUAAUUACCGUACAUUUUAUAAUUUUUUUAUAUUCUCUUAUGUGAACAAAAAAACAUAUUUUUUAUGUGU